CAAUUCCUGAAAUAUCUCACCAUCUCCAUUUCUCAGCACUUUCUUACAGUAAUCCGAAUUCACAGCUCGAAUCUAGUUAUUCAAAUUUCAAAAUGGACGCAAGCACAAAGGUGAAGAAAGGUGCCGGAGGAAGGAAAGGAGGAGGACCAAGGAAGAAGUCCGUCACAAGAUCCGUCAGAGCCGGACUUCAGUUCCCCGUCGGAAGAAUCGGCCGUUUCUUGAAGAAAGGUCGAUACGCUCAGCGUGUUGGUACUGGCGCUCCUGUUUACCUAGCUGCCGUUCUUGAAUAUCUUGCAGCUGAGGUUCUUGAGUUGGCUGGAAAUGCAGCACGUGAUAACAAGAAGAAUAGGAUAAGUCCAAGGCAUUUGUUGUUGGCUAUUAGGAAUGAUGAGGAGCUUGGAAAAUUACUUGCUGGUGUUACUAUUGCUCAUGGUGGUGUUCUUCCUAAUAUUAACCCUGUGCUUUUGCCUAAGAGAAAUGAAAAUGCAGCUGCUAGUACUCCCAAGUCUCCAUCAAAGGCCAGGAAAUCUCCAAAGAAAGCUUAGAUGUUAGGGUUUAUUUAUUUACUUGUUAUGUGUGGAUACUUUAGGUUAGGCACACCUCUCGUGUGGCAAGAAUUACUCAAUGUAUGUCAAGCAAUGUAAUUCGAAUGUCCUUCUCUCUUUUAAUAGUUUGAUUAGCUAAUGAAAUCGUUUUGCCUUUA